AGGAGGUUUUUUUUUGGUGGAAGAUUUUCAUAUUGGUACAAUACACUAGACAAUAUAAAAUAAUGAUUUCAGAGAAAUUUUGAGUAUGAAAUAAAUGAGACCUUUUAUACCAGGAGGAGAUCUUAAUACAAGAGUUAAGAGGAAAAUAUCAGGAUAUUAGUCCUGUUUUGAAGGAAAGAAUCCCAAAAAGAAUAUAAGAAUAAAAUUUUGGAAACUAAAAAUAAUUGAUUAUAUUUUUGUACAAACACGAUCCGUUUUGGAAUAAUUCUUAAUAGUUAAUAUAAAAAGUUCAAGCCUUCGAAUCAUCUUCAAAUUUAAAUUAUGA